UGACAAUACUUUGAUGCAAGGUACAUACUCGAAAAACAUAUAGUCAGGAGGUCCCACGAGUUCGAAUUCAGUUCACGAAUUGCACAAGUACAUACUUACGAAAAUGGGUGUUUCUGCUACUAUAGGCGUGGUGUUCUGUGCGGCGGUGGUGGCUCUCAGUUGGGCCGCACUGUUCUCCGAAGACUGGGUACACACCUCCUCUGAUAGCCAGAAUCGAGCAGGAGUCAUCGUCAUACAGCCAUCUGGCAUGUCAAAAACAACUUGGGAUAACGACGGAGCAUACCCCUUCCCCGAUCAAAAUUUCGAAUGGGCCUUGGGACUGUGGAGUGUGGGAUCGUUGGCGUCGGUGGUAGCAUUCCUCUUUGGAUUGCUCACAUGCUGUCUGGGACUCUGCUGCAUCUGCUGCUUGUCGAUUCCGUUUGCUAUUGUCAAUGCUGGGCAUCCAAAAACAACACGUGGCUAUUGUACCCUUAACGUGUCUGCUCUUCUUAACAACUGGAUGCUUCCUCGCCGCUUUGCUUCUGGUAUCGGCGACUUUCGGCGAAAUCAAAUUCUCAGGGGACCAAGUUUGCCCUGGUUCAGGUGCAUGGGAUAUGACGGGGUGUGAUUUUGGCUGGGGUCUCAUCGUGGCCAUAGUGGCCACUGCGUCAUCGCUGAUCUCGGGCUGUCUGUUCAUGCCUUGCCUUUGCUGAGCUGAAUUAUUGAGCACAGCAGAGACAAGGCAUGUCAAUGAUUGACUGAUGUUUCGUAGUCUGGCUGCGCCGAAGGCUAUAGGUCGGGUUGUGUCGAGGUCCCUCAGGACGGUGUGGGGGUCUCUUUCUACGCCAUGGUAGGCGAAAUUGCAAUACGAUAAGGAUGACCAUCACAGGUGGCUAUCGAAUUAUCCUGAUGCGGAAGGACGCCAGGGUAUGGUGUCGUUUAAAUUGUGUGUACUUGAAUGGGUCUCGGUACUCCAAAUUUCAAACAUAGCUGCGGCUUUAUUAGUUCGUCCCACUAGGACGCAAUCAAUAUACAAUCAAAAUCUCGGCUAUGGCGGGGCUCUGCGACUAUGGGCGGGCGACAUGGCGGUCGUCACUGGGUUGAAUGAGACUGCGCUGUGCGAUGAAUUGUGCUCGGCAUUCAUCGCAUUUUGGCUUAAAGCCAUUUUCUCUAGGCCUGGGCUUAGUUGGCAACUGGCAGGCAUGUUGACAGAACACCUGACAUGGGUGAAUAUGUCGCAGUCUGCAUCGGAUGGGAUACAAAUAUAAAUAGAGUGAGAAGUUUUAACAAUAGCACUAGUGUAAAUUCGACGAAGGGUUUCAAUAAAACGUGCACACACAAAAAG